AUGAAACUUUGCCUGCGCGCUUCCCGUCCUUUCCAGCUGGGCUGCAGGUGUCAUAUAAAUCGCUGUGAUGGAAUAAACUCAAUAGUCGCUUCUGGAAGGCGCAUUGGGCGUCCUUUCAGCCUACCAAAUGUAUCUUGGAGCCGAAACUUUGCAACAAUUGACGAAGAUCGGAAAACGACGUCGAGGACAGUCCGUUCUUUCAAAAACAGUUUUGUCAAAGCCGCACAUAAGCAAAACAAGAGCAGGCUUCAGGACAGCCUGAGUCCAGCAGAAUGGAUACAGCAGCUCGAGAGAUACCUACCCCCCGACCUACGCGAGGGAACAACGAGCGAUAGUUUGAAGUCAAAUGCGACGGAGAACAAUGAACAAUUAAGCUCUGAGGGCGAGGAAAUUUCAGCCAUUUUGAGUCGUGCACGUCGAACACAUGACCUAGAUUUGCUUGCAUACCUUGGAUUCACGUUACAAAGAUGGCCCGCCGUCUACGCACUGAUUACGAAAAUGCUAGAUGCGACGGACAAGCUUCAGGGAAUCUCACAUGCAUUUGAAGGAACGCCAUCCAAUCUUCAAUGGGAAUUCAUAGACGAAGAUUUUGUCGUCACCGGAAUCGAGAAUUCUGCAACAUCCAUUUCUAUGGGAGUUCUCACAGAUGAGCCGCGUCACAGUAUGGCAAGAUUGGGCAUCAUGGGGGAAAUAUGGCAAAGUUUAGGCUUUAUCAUCUUAGCUGCUGCGAAUAGGACAGCACAGGAGUCUGAGCUGGCUAUGUCAUAUGUAUAUCGAACGCUUGCUCAUCUUCAUCAGUCUGGAAACAUUCCAGACGCGAUAUAUAAGUUUACGAAUCGUACCGACAAUGGAGAUACUUUUCGACCGCCGGGGAUGUAUUUAUUAUCCACACAUAUCAUGAAUGUUUUGUCAGACGCAGCAUGGCUGGUCCAUGAGGCGGAAGUGAGGAAUAAAGCAAUAGCGGCCGGUGAGGAUCCACCAUUUCUCUCCUUCAAGAUGGGUAUCCGGCAUUUGGGUCCUCAAAUAUGGCUGGAGUUUAUUCUUUGGGCUUGUAUUGAACAAGGUCAUAUUAUGGAAGGCAUGUGGAUUCUCAAGCAUUUGCGAGGCAGCAACUAUGGCGCAGCAUGGAAGGUUGUCUCAUGGAGCUCUCUUCUUGACCAUCCCCAGCUGAUCAAGAAUACUAAUAUUGACACACACGAUUUUUGGCCGCAUCCCGAUAUUCCCAGAACGUAUGACGAACUUCAGAACAAGUCAGGAUUUUUCCAUGGCUUGGGAAGGUUUACUAUCAGCGCCGAGGUCUUCAAUACUCUAACGACACAAGCUGCAAGUUACGUGGAUACCAAUUUCAAAUCUGAUAAGUCGAGCGUUGAAGAUUUGAUUGAACAGCUUGCAUCCGUGACCAAAAUGACACAGUCGAGCAUUGGCAAACAAGUCGCAAGCCAAAGCAAUGGCAGUCGCCUCAUUAUUCCCGUGUUGGAAUCGCAAAUUUUGAGUUCAAGCAUGCAACCAGAACGGCUGGAUCAUACUUUAAGGGCCUUGCCGCCUUCUAUACCUCCUUGGAAUGACGCUGUUCCAACCGACCAUCAAGGACUUUCUACCUUGGCUGAACAGGAUAUAUACAACACCUCAUCUCUUUACACAGGACUGCUACAACAGAAUUUGCGAUUAUAUGCACAACAUCAGCAAAUUGAAAAUGCAAUGAACAUUUUUGACUCUUUGCUUGAAAUCAUCGACUCUAGCAAGUUGGAUCGCAUACAGGAAUUUUGGAGCAAAGAAAAUGACAAAGACGGCGUUUCGGAACUAUUAUACCAAGAUGAAUCGCUACCCCAAACCUCUGUCACCAUCGAUCAAUCCCCGAUCCCGACAUUAUCCAAUGGCGCUCUGGGCGAUCUUCUAGACUUAGUCAGGGUUAGUAAAGCUUAUGAUUUUGGCAAAUGGCUUCUUUUCUCCAAAGAUGCGGAUGGGCCUAUUAUUUCUUUUGCAUCAUACAGUGAUCAGAGCUUGACUCCGUCCAUUCUACGAUUUGCUGCAGCGAUAGGCAAUCAAGAACUCGGUGAUCUUGUCAUUCGCCAAUUACGAGAACCCAUUUCACGCAACACGUACAAUGCGGUAGCGAACUUCUACAUCGCCUUCGAGCAAUGGGAAAGGGCCGAGGAUGUUUUCAAGCUCUUAAUCGAAUAUAGAAAGAAAGCAUGGGGCGAGACCACCCUCGCCACGUUGACUUCUACUAUUCUGCGUCUCGAACAACGACUUUACGAGAGUCCUUGGGAGCAACACCUGGAAAAGUCUCUUGCGCGAGCCCAAACAAUGUUGCGCAAGUUCCUUUUGGGAUAUUACAAUCCCGAAAAAGUGUACAAUGAGAGCGUCAAUUUGUAUUAUAAACAGACCAUUUACCGGUGGCAUGGUCUACUCUCAUCAAUUCCCGGCGCCUUGGCCCGAGUCGCUGCCGAUGUGAGACCUGUAUACACAAAUCCGCUAGGACGGGAUAAACUUUUUUUCAUCCCAAGUAGGGCAUUCAAUAUUUUGCUUAGUGCUGUUGUCGAAACACGCGGCAGCCAAGCAGGAAUGGACCUAUGGAAGAGGUGGUGCAUAGACAUUGAGCGAUCACACGCAGCCCGACUUGCCUCAGACGAGAAAUAUCGCUUGCAAAUGAGCACCGAUCCCGCAAACACGGAAAAUCUCGACAUCGAAUACGACUGGGCAUGGCACUAUGAGAGGCAACGCAAAGCUGUUAACCCGAACCUGAAUACAUUACGAAUAAUCAGCAGAGCAGCCGUAAAGGAGCUGAAGGAAUCUCAAGAAGCUGCGCCAGAUAGAAGAGACAUGUCCCCUUCGCAGCAACAGUUCAGAGAACAGGUGUACCGUGUCCUUGAUUUCUGUGUCGAUCGUUAUCAACGGUUCAACCGGGACAAGGAGGAGAUUGGCCGGGAGACGGGUGGUCAUUUGAGACGAAUUAGAGUGUGGCAGUCGAGGAAGAGGAAGAAUAUCGUUCGGUGGGUUUAUGGAGAUCUUGGCGAAGAGGGUAAUACUGGCAUAGAAGACUUGUUGGCAGAAACGGAGGAUAGAGAGAAAGACGACGACGAUUAUUGA